AUGUUUCUUAAAAAUAAUUCAAAAUUAUUUAUAAUUCUUAUAAUAAAUAGUUUUUUUAUUAUAAAUUCUUUAUGUCAAGAUAAUUCAUACAAUUGCCCUAAUAAUUCUAUAUGUUUUUUUAAAGAUGUAAAUUAUAGUGGUGAUGUUUUUGUAUGGAGAGCUACACAUACCUAUAGAGAUUUACCAAGAUUUUUACAUAAUCAUGUUGGUUCGUUUAUAAGUAAUAACGUUGAAGCAUGCUUUAAAAAUUGGGUUCCUUUAAAGUUAUAUAAUGUUUCAAGAGGAGAUAAUGUUACAGAUUUUUUCAACAAUGACGGUUUUGGAAAUAUAAUAGAUGGAGUUUCAUAUGGAAGUUGCGAUAAAUAA